ACUUAAAAAUAAGGAUGUAAGACCAGUUAUAUUUCAAGCAAGUCACAUAUGCUGUCAUACAGUAUUUUAUUCAUUGUAAAUCUGUAAAAAGGCCUUUAUAAGUUCAACUUUCGGACCCAAUCCUUCUUUUAAAAAACAAUUUAUGUCUGUAUUGUGUACUUUAAUUAUUGGUAUAAUUUCAAGGGGCAGGACGUGGUUGCACACUUGGCUCAAGCGAAAAAAUAGUUGCAAAUUUGACAAAAUGGUUAUCGAGUAAUGGAUAUUUACAACACCGGCACAUAUUUUCUACAGGAAAGUGGGUGGUUUGUUCUACCUCAUCAGUUAAGCAUGACGUGCCUAGCUCGAUCACUGUUUCCUUUAGCAUGUAAACAUGAACAUCAUCUGAGACAGGUAUUGUUAUCUGUCCAUUAUUGUAACAAGUCAUGUGAUCUAUUAACAAACAGGUAUAGCAACAGUAAAUAUAUGCAUACAGUAUCCAAGGCACCGCUUCUGACCUUUAAUACAAUAAACUCUUUAACAAGGAAUUACACAAGGCCAACUGUAACAUGUUACUUUUAUAAACCUCAAAGAUUUUACAGUGUGUUUACUGGUGAUAGUUUAAGUAAAGAAGAAGAGGAUGAUGUGGAUAAAUUAUUUAAAGGAAUCAUUAAACAGGAGCGCGGCAGCUUGUCAAGGGGAAUAACUCUUGUAGAAUCAUCUCACCCGAGAAAGCUGGAACAAGCUCAGUUAUUACUUAGCCGCAUCCUUCGAUAUAAUAAAAAACAAGGAGACAUGAUGAUAAUGAAGCCAAAGUCUUUUCGAAUAG